AUGCAGCCCAAAGAUGACAAGAAGAAGAAAGAUGCCAAAAAGUCGGCCAAAAAAGACAAAGACCCAGUAAAUGAAUCUGGUGGCAAGGCCAAAAAGAAGUGGUCCAAAGAUGACGUUCAGGACAAGCUGAACAACCUCGUCCUGUUUGACAAUGUUAUACACGACAAACUCUGUAAGGAAGUUCCCAACUGUACGCUUAUUACUGCAGCUGUGGUCUCUGAGAGACUGAAGACUCGAGGUUCCUUGGCCAGGGCAGCCCUUCAGGAGCUGCUUAGUAAAGAACUUAUCAAACUGGCUUCAAAGCACAGAGCCCAAGUAAUUUGCACCAGAAACACAGGGUGGAGACGCCCCAGCUGCUGGUAA